CUCCAAAGCCGCUUUUCUCCAUGUUGAAAAUGAAAAUUACCACAGUCACGACCAAGGACACCGGCAUGGUCUGGUUCUUUCACUAUCCCCAGAGAGCUACUUGAGAACUGACGUUACCCACCGCGCAGUCAAAGCACUCUAUAGAUCAUAGACUAGACUAUAAAGGAGGUAUCGAUUUGUAAGAGGCCAGCCUCUUGUUCCUCAUCAGAAAAUCCAAAGUCUAGGGGUUUAACAAUCCUACUCGUUUAACAACAAGAUGGUCCCGUUCAUUGGAUCUGCUCUGGUGUAUAUUACGGUGGUCUUCGCAUUUCUUCCAUCCUGCUUUGCCACGAGCGGCACGCAAGUCCUCUGUGCAGCUCCACGAGCCUACACCUACACUUACACAUGCGGGUGCGUUUCCGGUUUGCUUUCGAUGUGUAAGAGGCCAGCCCCUCCUCCAUGCGUGCGAGAAAUUGCGGUGCAGACGGAGCCCUACGAGUCAGAUUUUGGCAAGCAGGAAAAUGUGGGUGUGCAGACGGAGCCAAUCGUUUUUCAUUCUCGUCUCCUUACAAACGCGCACUCCGAGAUGCUCUCGCUAGCUGUCACUCCGCCUAGUGAUGAGCUGCCUGGACAGGAUCAGUCAGAAGAUAGCUUAGUGUAUUCAUCUGGCUUUUCGUCUGAACUCUCCGAGCUAUUUCAAUUUGCAGGUCUCGAGAGUGGCAGCGGCAACUCAUCGUCAACAUUGUCGGGGGAUAGCUGCAGUGGUGACGACGAGCAAACGCCGGCGAGAGACAUCCAAGACUCAACAUCUCUCCUGUCGCGUCGUGUGAGAAAUUUGAUUCUACGCGAACCACACAAAAAAGGUGAGACCAAGAUUUUGCGAGGCAAGAAGCGCGCAAGGAGGCGAGGAGCAAUGCAGGGGGAGUCCGUUCUCCAUAUACGUGGAGGGGAAUUGGCGUUCGCGCGUUCCGCCGUUAAAAAUGUGGACUUCUAUGCAAAGAUCGCGAAUCUUCUCUCCAAGCAAAGUUCCGAAGAAGCGAGCGCUAGAGGUCGCUCGUCGUCUCAGGAGGACAUGGAGCGCGAUGCGGUUAUUCUUCUGAACAACAAGAGUAAUAUUUCGUCUGUCCUCAGAGAAAGAAGUCGAAGAGCCAAUGAUGACUCCGCCACCGUUGAGAUUAUGCACGCAUGUGGCUACUCCUCGGAAGGCAGGUCGUCUUCGGCAGAAAUUGGUGAGGACGUCGACAGGCGAAAUCUUCUGCGAAAAGAGAAAGAGAUACGAGUAGAGACCCUGAGGAACAGGAAACUCGUACGAAAGACCAGUAGAAGGCAGUCAGUCUCCGACAACAUCGCACGCAGGCUGCAAAAUUCGCAGGUGAUGCAAAAUCCAGGGGCUCUUCAGGAACCGGCUAGAGAUUCGAGUGAGGCGCUGUUUUUCUUGCAUCUGAACACGCGCCGUCGUCUCAAUGCCUCGCUUUCGCAAAGCUCACGAAGUAGUCCGGCAGUCGAGGAUCUCCUGCUCGAAGUAGAUCGUCCCGCUCGGAACCUGAAGGUGAAGGGAAUUCUUCCCGGAGGGCCUCUCGACGUUGUGCGCGAUUCUUUCGAUUCGUUUUUGCGACACCGUCAUGCGUCGGCUGCAUCGGAUUCUUUCGAUUCGUUUUUGCGACACCGUGAUGCGUCGACUGCAUCGGGGUCUGACAUUCAGCACUUGCGGCCGCAAGCUGUGACUGAGAUGAACUCCGCAUCCGCGUCGGGCUCCCUUGAAAGCCAGCGAUGCAAUCAGCAGCCUGCAAUGAUGCUGUGCGACGAUUCCUCGUAUGAGCAGCAGGCCAAGAGGCGCGAUUGCAAAUCCUGCAUCGUUUCACUGUAAAGGCUGAGGACCACCUGGUCUGCGUGCUGGCACUAUUUCUUGGUCGUUUGGAGGAGGAGUAGGAGAAGGAACAAUGAGAUAGAAGAUUAUAAUGAUAUUUACUAAUAAUAAAUAUUAGUAAAUGUUGUUCUUGUCAGCACUUAAUUAAUAUUGAGAUGAGUCAAGAAAGCACAAAAAAGAAUAGCGUCAAAGCCCUGAAAUUAACCGUCAAAAAAGCGGUCAGAGUGACCGUCAUCAAAAAAAAUUGCAUACAAGUUGACGCUCCUUAAGAAACCACUUAUAAAUAUAUGUGGGAGCACUUCUUGCAAAAACCGCUGAGAGUUCAUUUGUAACGGAUCAUUUGUAAAAAUCAUGGAGCAAUGUGCUGAGACUGCGAAACAGAAGUGGACGAUGGAAGGAUGAUGAAGAAAUUUGGAGAGGAAGAAGAAGCCACUCUCCCCCGG